ACAGGGGGAACUGAAUUCACCGUAACACCGGGAAACGGGGGGAAAAAGCAUCGCUGAUGUUAAUGGUGUAAACACAGUGUUCACCAUGAGCGCCAUGAGGACAAUUCUGACCAGUAUAGCGGCGAUUGCGGCAGUGUGCUCUGGGCUGGGGAUGUGGAAGGCCGUCGCCCCUGGAGAGGAGCGAAAAAAAGAAAUACUGAAGCAACUACCCGAGUCCAAUCCGGCGCGGAUGGAGGAGAGCAGGAACAGGAAUGCUCUAAUGAUGCAGGUCCUGAAGGAUGCUGCAGACACCAACGACAACCUUGCUCGAGGUUACAGGAGCCAGAAGUAAAGAGAGUUUUUCCCCUAAUACAAGAGAUUCACCUCUGAGGAGCCUUAAUGUGCAGAAGAGCUUAUGGACAUCAGUUGAUCCUAAGAUUUCACGUUCUGCUCAUAUUCAGUCUGGAAAAGAACUAUGAUGCUAGACUUGUUAAAAUAUCUGUAAAGUAAAAUGGAUGUAAAUAUAAUGUAAUUAAAUCACCCAUUGUAUGAAAUGCUUGUAUUUAUGACUGUUGAAUGGAAUGUUGGUGAAGCCUGUACAUUAUAUAUUAAACAACAUCAUCAAGUAAAUCCAUUACUGUUUUAUAAACUUCACAAGUACAUGUAUUAAUGUAUAUUUUAACAAGCAUUUAUAAAGCUAAGCGUAAGUCGUUAAAGUAAUUCAGGUAAGUUAAGGGUGUUUAUUUAUUUGGAUAAAUAAAGUGUUUAUCGGA